AUGGAACUCUCCUCAAUCCGAUCCUCCAACGAAGACGCACGCUCAGACGAUGAAGACGACGACGACGACGAUGAUGAAGAGACCGGCUUAGCACAACGCGAGCGCAAGAGGCGGCGACGACAGCGGAGACGAAACCAGGACCCGGCAAAUCGAAUAGCAGGCGAGGCCCUCCUCGCAGAAGAGAAGGGCAUAGCCAAAGCCGCUCUGAUACGAAAUGUGAUCAUCAACGGAAUCCUCAUUCUCCUAUGGUACACAUUCAGUAUCUCCAUCUCCGUCUACAACAAGUGGAUGUUCUCGUCCGAGAAUCUCGAUUUCCACUUCCCACUCUUCACCACAUCGAUACACAUGUUUGUACAAUUCUCGCUCGCGUGUUUGGUCAUCAUCAUCUUUCCACGCUUUAGACCUGGUCGAGACAGGAAUGGAAACGUCAUACCACCACCACCACAAGAAGAGCAUCAAUAUGAAAGAGUGGGAGGGGAAGACGAAUAUCCCAAGAAGAAACCACCGCCAUUGAUGACAAAGACCUUCUACCUCUCUCGCAUCGCCCCCUGCGGAACAGCAACAGCCCUAGACAUUGGACUCGGGAACUUUUCCCUCCGCUUCAUAUCGCUCACAUUCUUCACAAUGUGCAAAUCCAGCGUUCUAGCCUUCGUGCUCCUCUUCGCCUUUGUCUUCAGACUCGAAAAACCCACCUGGAAACUCUGUGGCAUCAUAAGCCUCAUGACCAUAGGUGUGAUACUCAUGGUAUCCGGCGAAGCAGCUUUCAAUGCUCUCGGUUUCAUCCUCGUGAUGACUGCAAGCUUAUGUUCAGGUUUUCGGUGGAGUUUGACCCAAAUCUUACUGCUCCGGAAUCGAGCCACGAGUAACCCAUUCUCGUCAAUUUUCUUCCUCACUCCUGUCAUGUUCCUUGUGCUCUUCGUGCUGGCACUACCGAUUGAAGGAGCUUCGGCGGUACUGCAAGGUCUCCAGGAACUAGCCCAGGCCAAAGGAUAUUUCUUGGGAUCGCUGAUUAUCCUUUUCCCAGGUUGUCUGGCUUUUAUGAUGGUAGCUGCCGAGUUCGCCCUGUUGCAACGCUCCUCUGUUGUGACAUUAUCAGUGUGCGGCAUUUUCAAGGAGGUCUUGACCAUUAGCGCCGCUAGUUUCACUUUCGGCGACGAACUGAGUCCGAUCAAUGUAUCGGGCCUGAUUGUGACAAUUGCCAGCAUCGCAGGCUACAAUUGGCUCAAAUACUCCAAGAUGAGGCGCGAUGCCAGGAAGGAGGCACAUGCUGUGGUGACCGCUGAGAACGAUGCGCCCAGAAAACGACAAAGCAGCAUAGAAACAGGAAGCGAAUUCGCGAUAGGCCGAGAUAGCAUGAGCUCAGAGGCUGGAGAUCCGUUAAACAGAGGCGGAAUUCAUGGGAGCGACAACUCGAGGAGUCCUCAAAAGAGGCCCGAGGAUAUUGAGUAA